UUGAUGCCAGUUUACAAGACCAGGGUCGGCAGAGGCGGACUGCUCUCAUGUGAGGAACAGGUCUCUACCUGAGCACAGCUGAAGCGGUGAAUCCACCUGUGAACCGGUCUGCGGGGACAGUUCGAGACUUUACUUUGGACACUUUGUGGAUAACACGUGGAGGACUCCCGUGGACCCCCUUUCUGUCUGUCCUUCAGUCUGCCUGUCUGUCCUGGACUCUAACAAAGUCAACAUGGCGGCUCCCAGCAGAGAUUAGAAGUCCAGUCCUGAGGCGUGGAAGGAGUGAACAGGAAAGGGAAGCAGGAGGGGGAGACGAGAGGGAGUCUUACACUUCUUGCUAUCAGAGAAGAUGGGUGAGACAGAGGAUGAGCGCACGGCACAAGCCAGCGCACUCUUUGAAAACUUUGUCCAGGCGUCGACCUGUAAAGGGACUCUGCAGGCCUUCAGCAUCCUCUGCAGACAGCUGGAACUGAAUCCUCUGGACUACACCAACUUUUACACUUCUCUAAAAGCUGCAGUCACCACCUGGAAGGUCAAGGCCCUCUGGACCAAACUGGACAAGAAGGCACAGCACAAGGUCUUCAGCCAGAACAAAGCAUGUGAAGGCACCAGGUGUCUGAUCAUCGGAGGCGGUCCCUGUGGUCUACGGACAGCCAUCGAACUGGCCUUGUUGGGUUGUAAGGUGGUUGUGAUCGAGAAGAGAGACAGCUUCUCCAGGAACAACGUGCUUCAUCUGUGGCCCUACACCAUCCACGACCUCAGGGCCCUCGGAGCCAAGAAGUUCUACGGAAAGUUCUGCGCCGGCUCCAUCGACCACAUCAGCAUCCGACAGCUCCAGCUGAUGCUGAUGAAAGUUAGUCUGAUCCUGGGAGUGGAGAUUCACGUCAAUGUGGAGUUUGUUAAACUUCUGGAGCCUCCAGCAGAAAAGACUGACGACAGUCCUGGUUGGCGAGCAGAAGUCCACCCCUCCAGCCAUCCCGUCUCAGACUUUGAUUUUGAUGUUGUGAUUGGAGCUGACGGACGGAGGAGCACAUUAGACGGUUUCAGCCGCAAAGAGUUCCGCGGGAAGUUGGCCAUCGCCAUCACAGCUAACUUUGUCAACAGGAACACCACCGCGGAGGCCAAAGUGGAGGAGAUCAGCGGUGUGGCCUUCAUCUUCAACCAGAAGUUCUUUCUGGAACUGAAGGACGAGACGGGAAUCGACCUGGAAAACAUUGUUUACUACAAAGACAACACACACUACUUUGUCAUGACGGCAAAGAAGCAGAGUCUGCUGGACAAAGGGGUCAUCAUAAAUGACCUCAUGGAGACCGAGAGACUGCUGAGCCCGGACAACGUCAACCAGGAAGCUUUGCUCUCUUACGCUCGUGAGGCAGCAGACUUUGGCACCAACUACCAGCUGCCAUCCCUGGACUACGCCAUCAACCAUUACGGACAGCCCGACGUCGCCAUGUUUGACUUCACCAGCAUGUAUGCUUCAGAGAACGCCGCCUUGAUCAGGGAGAAACAUGGACACCAGCUGCUGGUUGCUCUGGUGGGAGACAGCCUGCUGGAGCCCUUCUGGCCGAUGGGUACUGGAUGUGCCCGGGGUUUUCUUGCAGCCUUUGACACAGCCUGGAUGGUGAGGGGCUGGACACAAGGAAAGAGUCCUCUGGAGACGCUGGCUGAGAGGGAGAGUCUGUACCGCCUGCUGCCUCAGACCACCACAGAGAACAUCAGUAAAAACUUUGAGCAGUACUCCAUCGACCCCGCCACCCGCUACCCCAACCUCAACUCAAGCUGUGUGCGUCCAAACCAGGUGCGUCACCUAUUCUUUGAUGGCCAAAAUGACCUGAGUCAUCUGGAAUCAAGAGGACCUACAUGUAGAUCUGUGAACUUAUCCAGAAAAGACUCUGACAUACGUCCCGGACGGCUGCUGACCUGGUGUCAGAAGCAGACUCAAGGCUACAGAGGGGUCAACGUCACCAACCUCACCUCGUCCUGGAGGAAUGGCCUGGCCCUCUGUGCUCUUAUUCACCGCCAGAGGCCAGAUCUCAUUGACUUUGACGCUCUGAACGAGGAAGACAUGGCGGGGAACAACCAGCUGGCAUUUGACGUGGCGGAGCGAGAGUUCAGCAUCCAGCCGGUGAUACGAGGGAAGGAGAUGGCAGCAGAGGCGGAACCAGACAAGCUGCUGAUGGUUCUGUACCUCUCCAAGUUCUACGAGAUCUUCAGAAACAACCCAGGAAACAACAACGGUUUAAAACAGCCGGACGAGAAUACUGAGGAACAUCCAGCCAAGACUAAGAACAAGCUCCCUCAGCCCAGAAAGAGGAUACCCAGGGUUGAUAAGAAGCAGGAUGAAGACUCUGUUCACAAACGACGGCGAAAAGGCAACGGCUACCUCACAGAGCUCUCUUGUCACAGUGCGCCCCCUGCUGGUAAGGAUGGAGAGCUACAGGAGAACAAGGUCCGGUCCAUGGCGACCCAGCUGCUGGCUAAGUUUGAGGAGAACUCCUCUGCAGCAAAGACUGGGGGCAAGUCUGACGAGGACCCUACCAACCCCUCCUUCUCUCCUCCUCUGUCUCCUUCCACUUCCCCUCUUCCUUCCUCUGAGGAUGAGGAGGAUGAAGAGGAAGAGGAGGAUGAGAGAGAAAACCCCCGUUUUGCGAAGCCAAAAGACGUCCCCCUUCCUCCCCCCCGGCCUCCCCCUCGCCCUAAGUGGCAGCCCUCCAUCUACCUUCGCUUACUGGAGAAUCCAAACGCUGUGGCUCAGCAGACCACUUUCCUCUAUACCCCGCUCACUUCUCCCUCUCAGUGUGACUGCAGUCUUUCUCCUUCACCCUCACGCUCUACGAGUCCAAUAUCCAGAUCUCCAAGUCCUCGAGUCACUAGGCAUUACAUCCCAGAGUGCACCUCUCCUCACCUGAUACCCAGCAGGCCCCUCUCUGCCUCCUCUCUGUCUGCUCUGGAUAACGGUCUUUCCUCUGACAGGUCAGAGGAGUCCAUGCAGCAGAGUAAGGCCAAGAGACUGUCUGCUAAAGAGUUUACUGGAAGGAGUAUAAAGGAGAGAGCCGUACUCCUCUCCUCCAUGUUCCCUGGGUCCAAAAAACCUCCUCCUGCCUCUCUGUGUCCUCUCUCUGAAUCACAGGUCGAACCUUCUAUCUCUCCUCUUUCCUUUUCCCUUCCUCCUCCUUCUCCUCCUCCUCCCCCUCCUCCUCCUCCUUAUUCUGCCUCUGUCUCUAAGAGCUCCAGUGUCUACCCUGUCCCUGACCCCACUGUGCAGGCUGGUUUCUCCUCUGUCCCUUUGCACACUGCCGGACACAAGGAGAGGAAACAGAGAGACUCAUCUACUCCCUCAUCCCUCUCUGUCUCUGAAACAACAGAUCAAAUCUCCUCACUUCAUACUGAUCCCCCAGCAUGCAACAAGACAUCUGCGUACCUUUCCUCAAAUGACUUUGACGAGAUCUCCUCUCCCCUCUCUGAUAAAAUCUGUGAGACUGUGGUGCUCAAGAACAACAGAGAGAGGACAAAUGACACAUUUGAGAUGAGCCCAGAGGAUGAUCAGGAAAGGGUCCACAACACGGCUCAUGGGAUAUUUGAUAAGAGAUUAGCGGAACACGAUCAUAUGAAGCCCAAUGGGAGCUGCACUUUUGAGAGUCCUAGAGGCACGGCUCAUAAGGCCUUUGUUCGCUCUGAGAGUUGUCCGACUGGAGCUCCCAGUUACCUGAAAGAGCGCACUGUUGGAAAGGUCUCAUCAGCUAUAGGUGCUAAAGCUCAGUUACUGGCGGUCCUCUAUGAGACAGACCACAGGCCCAAUGCCACACCGUGCGUGGUGCGUAAGGACUUCCCUCCAGGCCUCGGUGGCAGUGACAUCUGCCACUUCUGCACCAAGCGGGUGUACAUGAUGGAGAGACUGAGCGCUGAGGGUUACUUCUUUCACCGGGAGUGUUUCCGGUGUGACGUUUGCAACUGCACCCUGCGUCUCGGAGGGCACGCCUUUGAUUCACAGGAAGGAAAGUUCUACUGCAAGAUGCAUUACGCCCAGCGUCAGUCCAGCUCUCACACGGGGACGUUCAGGAGGAGAAUGGAAGACCAAAGCUGCACCAAACCCUCUUCUUUGGCCAGCGGGAGCUACUCAGCGAUAGGCAGCGUCCAGAUCCAGCCCCCAGUCUGGGCCUCCUCCCUUCAUGCAGACACAGAGAUGGCUGUGGAAGCUCUAUGUGAACCCUGCACAGAUAAAGAUCCAGCAGGAGCCAGGGAGCAGGAGAGUAACAAAGAAGAUCUUUGUAACACCAAAAAGAAUAAUCGAUGGAAAAGGAAGAUCAGAGCGACCUUCCCUCUGAUCUUCAAGCGCUUCCAGAGGGAAUGGUCCCAGGACCGAGUGGGACCAGAUACAGUUCCUGAAGCUGACUCUGACUUUGAGGAUAUCAUCACCUCAGCAGAAAAACAGACUUACUCCAAUGGCAGCUCCAAGAUGGCAGCAGAUACUCAGAAUUCCUCAGAGGGAGGUGAGAAGAGUGAAGCGCCCUCAGUAGCAGCAGCAGCAGAGCUCAUCAGCAGCUCGUCCUCUCCAAAGAAACGCUUGAUGUUAUCUCUGUCUGAGAAAGAGAAGCUUCUGAGCUGGGAUGAGCUGGCCACACCAGAGGACACCAAGAGUAUCACCUUCAACACAAACACACAUCCACUUCAUGUGCAAGCAGAGACAGAGGCAGAUAAGCUUCAGACGGACUACGGCCAGGAUGGGGAAAUGUCCCAGAGCCAAACCUCCGCCUCAUCAACCUCAGCCUUCCAGCUCAUAGCCAACGCCUUCAGGAAGACAUUUAGUGUGACCAAUCCAUCCAGCAACUCCAGCGCUGCAGUCCCAAUAAGGCCCAAACGUGAAGGCAACCGCAAACAGAGGCCAAUGUCAUUAGGAGCGGUGGGCCUCACCUCCCUCUUCAGCACCAUGGGUCCAGAGCCGUCCACUGAUGAAGAUAAGACCACCAAGCAUGAGGCUCAGUGGGCUUCUGUGGGGGGCGAUCCGUGGGAGGCUGGACAGGACCUGCCAUCACUGCUGCAGGGUGUGUCUCUUAAAGGCCGCAGAGGCUCUGAAGGGGUGUUCUCUAAGGACCUGGCAUCUCUGCCACACAAGAAGGUCAACCUGUUUUCAUCCCUGAGGCUGAAGAAGAGCAAAGCGUUAGAACAUGAGGGGCAGGACCAGGAGGUGCAGAAGGGGAUUAUGACCAUUCUCACAAACAUCAGUAACAAAGCCUCGAGCGAACAGAACCUUGAAGACCUUUCCUCGAGUGACGAUGAACAUGAAAACAUGUCAUCCAAUCAGAAGCUGUUCACAGAGAGACAGAGGAGGAAUCAGGAGAAGAAAGUCGCCCAGCUGGCUAAAAGAGAGCAGCUGAAGAGGCUCCACCGUGCUCAGGCCAUCCAGAGACAACUGGAGGAGGUUGCAGAGAAGCAGAGAGACCUAGAGGAGAGAGGCGUGGCUAUAGAGAAGACUAUAAGAGGAGAAACAGAACCAUCUCCGACAGACGACAGUGAAGAGGCCCAGCUCCAUCAGUCUUGGUUUAAGCUCGUCCUGGAGAAGAACAGACUGGCACGUUAUGAGUCUGAAAUCGUGAUCUUUGCUCAGGAGCUUGAACUGGAGGACACACAGAGCAGACUGCAGCAGGAACUGCGGCAUAGAAUGGCAACAGAAGAUACAAAUAAAAGUGCCUCUGAGCUGCAGGAGGAGCAGGAGAUGCUGGCAGAGAUCAUGAGGACAGUGGAGAAGCGAGACAUGCUGGUGUCUAUACUGGAGGAGACCAGGCUGAAGGAGAGGGCCGAGGACAGGGACCUGGAGAGCCUUAUCAUGUUCAAGGGCUAUGAGUUUAACUGGAUGCAGUCAGAUGACAGCUGGGGGCAGGAGAAACUGAACUGAGCUGAACUGUUAGUUAACCUGUGAUUGUUUGACUUGUUUUAUGUUGGAUUUAUGCUGCUUUAACUUUUAAAUGAAAAAUGUUAAUAAAGAUAAUUUAAAAAAAAUGAG